CAUCCCUCCCUCCCUCCUUCUCUCAGGAAGAGACGCAUCACCACUAGAGCUGUGGUGGUGGGGAAUAAACACCGAGAUACGACGAAGAAAGUCGCUGUUUCUGUACAGACAGCAGCCAUUUAAAACGAGCCUUUCGCCACCCGGUACUGGGCCAGAACUUUGAGCCGCCAUGAAAUCAUCGUCUUUGACUUGACUGAACCAGAGCUGCAGAGGACAAGCUACUCGACAAUUUUCACAUGCCAGACAAAUGAAGUGACCGACUGGGUAAGAUGUCAUCCUUCCAGGUGGUGGACUCGUCGCCUGGCUGCAGCGUCAGCAUCAUGGAGACGUCCAACUUCGCUCACGUCAUCUUCCAGAACGUGGGGAAGAGUUUCCUACCCCAGGCGCCCCUGGAGUGCCGUUACACGCUGACCCCUUACAUCACUCCCCACCCCAAGGACUGGGUGGGCAUUUUCAAGGUGGGCUGGAGCACGGCCAGAGAUUAUUACACCUUCCUCUGGUCCCCCAUGCCUGAAAACUACGAGCCAGGAAGCACCGUGCACAGGACUGUAGUGUUUCAAGGCUACUACGUUCCUAAAUCUGACGGCGAGUUCUACCAGUUCUGUUACGUGACGCAUGCCGGCGACAUCCGCGGUGCCAGCACGCCCUUCCAGUUCAGGCCAGCGACGCCCACCGAGGAGCUGCUGACUGUCACAGAGGAAGACAGCAACUCAGACAUACUGGUGGUCACCACCAAGACCGGCCUGCUGGAGCGUGUGGAGGAGGCACAGCAGGAGCGCAGGGAGCUGCUGAAGGCCAUGCGCCUCCUGCAGGAGGAGAAAAAACAGCUGCAGGAGGAGCAGAAACAGCUGGUCAAGGAAAGGGAGCAGGAGAGGGAGACGUGCUGCCUCCUGCGAACACACAACCAGGAGCUGCUGCGCUCGUCGCAGGGACUCUCAGACGAGAGGGAGGAGGUACGGAGGAGGCUGACGGAGGCCAAAGACCGAGUUCGCCAGCUGGAGGAGGACCUGCUGGGCGUCAACCAGCGGGGUCUUCAGAAGGAGACGGAGUUGGACUGUCUCCGGGACCGUUUGAAGAAGCUGACGGCAGAGCGAGACAGUCUAGAGAGCCAGCUGAAGAACGAGAAGGAUGAGCGAGAUCUUUAUAAGGCUCACCUGCGCAGCACAGAGCUGGAGAACACCAAGCUGAGCGCGGAGCUGCAGAUGCUGAAGGCGGUGGAGCUGAACCGGGAGGUGACCAUCGCUCAGUUCCAGGAGGAGCUGGAGAGGCUGAGGGUCUGCGUCGCCCAGCGAGACAGUCUGGAGAGGGAGCUGCUGGCGCACAAACACGACAAGGCAGAGCUGGCCCGCUUACGGGAGCAGCUCCGUCAGGCCGAGGAGCAGCUCCAGGCGUCGCGGCAGCAGGCCGCCCUGCUCGCCUCGGAGCUGCGGGACUCGGCCAGCGCCCGCGACCACAGCAUGACCGAGCUGUACCGCGCCCGCAUCGAGGCCGACAAGCUCCGCGCCAGCCUGGCCGACGCCCAGGCCGAGUGCCAGCGCAUGGAGAGCCAGCUGGACCGGAUGAGGAGCACCGCUCGCAGGGAGGUGGGCGUUGGAACGGGCGGCGACGGGGCGCACGGCGUCACGGUGGUGUCGGAGGCAGAGGCCGAGCUGCAGAGGGAGGUGGAGGAGCUGAAGCUGCGCCUCCACAUGGCCGCCGAGCACUACAAGGAGAAGUACCGGGAGUGUCAGCGGCUCCGCAGGCAGGUGGCCAAGCUCAGCACCGCCGAGCCGCAGGGCGUCGCUACGGAGUCAAAGAAAAACGUGUCCACCGAGACGACUCAGGAGCCGCUGGCGUCUAGUCCAGAGUCUCCGACUGAAGGAAAUUCCACGUCUGCGGUUCUGCAAGAGGCCGCAGACGUGACAGUCGCCCCCGAAGUGAGAAACGAGCGUUCCACAUGUGCCGAGGCUCCCGGCGGCGCGGAGGAGGAAAACCAGACGGAGAGAUCCCUGACAGAGGAAAAGGAGAUGGAAGACGGGGACGACGGAGGCAAAGACGCCGAAAAGGAGGAGGAGGAGGAGGAGGAGGAGAAGAAGAACCUUCCCGAGGAGAGCCUGAAGAUGGCGAGUUGGGUGGAGGUGAGCGACGAGAGGCUGCGCGCCGAGGCCGACGCCAGCGGGGCGGAAGCGGCGCUGACGGAAGAGGAAGUGAGGGACGGCGGCGCGGGGGAGCGGGAGCUGCUGGAGGUGGAGGGCGGGAGCACCGGGGAGGCGGAGAAGGAGCAGACGCUGUCGGUGGAGGCGGAGCUGGCCGUGAUGGAGGAGAAGUGGAGGGAGCAGUGCGUCAUCAAUGAUACGCUCAAACAGCGACUGGCCGACGAGGAGGGGCGGUUCAGGGUGCAGAUGGCGGAGCGAGCCAUCGAGGUGUCCGAGCUGAAGCAGAACCUGGCCCAGGCGCUGAAGGACAAGGAGCGGCUGCAGGAGGAACUCCUGCAUUACAAGUGCAGGCAGAGGGAGAUGGAGGCUGGCGUCCAGGGGGCCGAAGCCAAGCAGACGAUGGUGCUGCGCUACCCCCUGCCCUACCCCCAGGACCCCUCCCCGCCACCACUCGUCCCCCAGAGGCCCGCGGAGCUGCAGUACGGCAAUCCCUACUCCACCGAGACGUCGAAAGAUCGGGGGGACGUGGUCUUGUCUCCCGAGCACCUCUCACGGCCUCCACCCGAAGCGCCGCUGUGCGCCGCCCCCUGCGCGCCUCCCGCGUCUCCACCCAGCCCCGGUCCGGGAGCUCCAGGCUGGGACCAGGAGGUGGUCUGCAUCCAACCUUCCCGCUGCACGACUCCCCCGGAGAACGCGGAGGCCCCGGCAGAGGAGGCGCAGAAGGUGUGCGACAGAGCUCAGCCGCCCUGUGAUCAUCAGUCCAGCGGACGCAGCGAAGUGAGGAGCAGCUUCUGCUUUGACUCCAGUACGGACGUCCACAAGCGCUGCCCGCUGUGCGAGGUGAUCUUCCCCCCCCACUUUGAGCAGCGCAGCUUCGAGCAGCACGUGGAGAGCCACUGGAAGGUGUGCCCCGUCUGCUCCGAGCAGUUCCCCCUCAACUGCCAGCAGCAGCUCUUUGAGAGGCACGUCCUCACGCACUUCGACGGCCACGUGCUCAACUUCGAGCAGAUUGAGUGAGCGCCGGGGCGAAGCUUGAGCUCUGAGCCGCCGCGCCGGGGGAGACGUCCGGCCUGUCGUCGGAUAUUAGUUCGUUCUGUUCUGGGGUGUGGGGUAGGGGAGUGUUAUUAAGUUAUUACACAGUAUUUAGCACUUUUGUUUUGUUUGUUUUUUUGCAAUCUCAGCGGUUUACAAGAAUGUCGAGCGGACAAUGCACUAGGAGGUGUGGAUCUACAGAAACGUUUGCGUUUACGGCCGAGUUUGGCAGAGGUGUCCCGGCUUUUUAAGUUUGCUUUAUUUCUAUGCUCAGCUAUGAGGCGCCCCUUAAAGGGCAAGAUCGACAUUAGGUCUUCUCGUCCAGACCUAAACAUAAUGUUAGAAAAAAAGCCCUAAAAGUCAAAGCACCCUCCACACGUUUUGCUACCCUGGUGAAAAUGUUUAAAAAUCAGGUAUAAAGUAUCAAAUUAGAGUGAAAUUAAAGGUUGGAUUUUUCUACAUUUUCCAGCUUCUGCAAAAAUCUUCUGAUUAUUUUUUUUUUUUUUGCAUUUUU